GCAGUGCGGCUGCAGGAGCUGCGGGCGCGCCUUCUGCGCGGGCUGCCUGAGCUGCAGCGCCCCGGUCCCCCGCUGCGGGAGCGCUCCGCAGAAGGUGUGCAAGGAGUGCCACGGGAAGCUCACCGGACAAGAGUCUCAAAGCAGUUUGGCAAAAUGGUCGCCACCAGAAAACUACAAGAAAAAUGGUGCCACGCCUGCUGCACCCUGGGAGUUAUGGUUUUCCUUACUCAUGGCAGUACCUCAUUGUGCCGGUAGGGAGAGCCUGGUACAGGAAUGAGAGGCUUCUUCUCUGUGCUGUUGUCUUUUUCCAUCCUUGUCACAGGCGUGUAGCAGCGUUUGAGGCUAAGCAAAAACAGCUGAAAGGACAACAGAAGGCAGAUGGAAAACCACUCGGUCAAGAUGGCUCCAGAUACCGAGGGCUCUCCAAAGAGGAUAGAGCUAUUGCAGAGAGACUGGAGAAGCUCAGGGAGGAAAGGAAACCCAAGUCCAUCCCUUCACAGGCUGAGAUCGAAGCUAGGCUGGCUGCACUGAAGGAGGACUACCAUGGACCCGUCCCAUCCGCGCAGGAAAUGGAGGACCGGUUGGCUGUCCUGCAGGGGAGAGAUCCUCCUUCCCAGGCUCCCAGACCAGUACACCAACCCCCUGAUACCAGAAGUCUGUCUCAACAAACAGAUGACCUGUUAACUCAGCUUGCUGAGGAAGUUUCCAUUGAUGAGCAUUACAGUCCAGGAGUCCAGCCCCAAGCUGUUAGUGACCGAAACUUGAAUGAUCUGAGUCGGGAAAGUGAAGAUUGUGUUUCCCAUGCAAAUCUGGACCCCAGACAGCUAGAGGAAGAAAAGAAUAAACUUUUGGCAGAGGCUGCUGCUGAGCUGCGAGAAGAAAACACUAGGCAGGAAAAAAUCUUACAGGUUGCUAAGAGAUUGGCAGUACUCAGAGGCCAAGACCCAGAGAAAGUUACACUGGAAACUUACAAAUUCCCUGACAGCGAUGAGGAACUGGAUGAGGAGGAAGCCAUUCAGAGAGUGCUAAAACAGCUUACAGAGGAAGCAGCCCUGGAUGAAGCGAGUGGAUUCAACAUUCUUGCAGAUCAGACUACUCAGCCAGGAUUCUCACAACAGAACCUGCAUAAAAAAACAAAGCAAGGGAGCCAGACUCCAACUGCCAUAGCUCUUGCUGAGGCAGGUGACAGUGAUGAGCAUGAGUUACCCUGGUGCUGCAUCUGCAAUGAAGAUGCCACUUUGCGAUGCCAUGGCUGCAGUGGGGACCUCUACUGCCAACGCUGUUUUCGAGAAGGCCACGAUGAGUUUGACAUGAAGGACCACCACACCUCUCGGUAUCGUCCUUCUUGCAAGUAGCGGUGAUUGCAGUCAUCAUUGGCAGAAAAAGAGAUGGACUCCUCCCAUCUGGCCCACUCCCUCUUCUCCUGCUCUCCAAGUGGAUUUGCAGCCAAAACGGGUGAUGUUUUGGACAGUAAAAGGAUGUGCUGUUAGCUAAGAGGGGCUUGGAGGGCACGUGUCUUGGUCCUUGGAAACCCAACCAGAGGAGUGCUGGGCUUGCCACCCAUGCUUGGGAUAAAUGAGGAUUUGAUGUGAGGUGGUGGCUCUGAGUCUAUAAAUAUAGACAGUAAGGCGUUGUGAGUAAUGGUGAAGAUGUAUGCUUAAGGCAGCAUUGGCUGGUUGUUAAGUAACCUCCUGCUUUUGCUAACAGCUUACACAUUGGUUCACAGGUCAGCAGAGCACUUUGCACUAAGAAAUUGUCUGUCAUGGUCACAUGUGUGAUGAGAACUUCCAAAAUGUAAUAAAACUAUUUACAGCAGGCUGUGGUUGAAAUCUCUUCUGGAAAUGCCCGAUAAUAGCCCUUUACAAAGUGUCACCCUCUUGUAAUGGUAUCUCUGUUGUACUGCCAGGUGGGUCAGGAAAAUAUGAAGGAUCGUGAAAUCAUGAAAAAACACUUCUGUAGUGUUGCGGGGCUGGUGCAGGGGUGUUGUGCUCCAGGGAUAGCUACUCUGCCUUGAUGAGCAGUGAUGCUUAUAUAUUUGAAGUGAAGAAUACUUUUAAUUUGCUACAGAUGCACUGUAUUGUGACCAGCAGUGACUGUGCCUAAGUUGAAUGUAGUCUAUGGGAGCAGCAUGUUAAUCUGGAAGAGGUGUGUGUUACUAUGAAAGUGAGGUUUGGCUCUGCUUAUUAUUUGUUCCCCUGGUAGGAUACAAAUGCUGCACGUGUGAUGAUUUUUUUACCUGGCUAUGAGACAAUCUCAGUUUACUAUGCUUGUAUACCACCUAGAGAUAGUCCAAAUGCAUGCGACACGUGCCAGUGGCUAUAGCACCCAGAAUUGUUUGAAAUACAUGAUUAAGCUUUCCUGAAAUCAGCUCUAAUAUCCCAUCAGGGUGAGCUCUUGCAGGACUAUAGUGUGACUUGAGACAGCUGUCUUAAGGUUGACAAAUUCCAGGGCGUCUGAACAAAAAAAACCCUAACCAUUUCCUUUUGACAGAAGAUUUCCAAUUGAUCUUGCCUGUCUAGUUUGGCACUGCCACUCCCAGCUGUCUGCCCUGCCCCUGUGCUGAAGGUCACUGACUCUUUAGGUGAGCUGACAAAACAGUGUUUGCCUGCACUUCAGCCACCUCCAGUCAGCCAUCUGGAGCACAGUAAAUACCUUAAAAUGCAUCCAAAGGUGGAUUUCUGCUGGACUGGAUCAGCUGUUUCAGUAGUAACCUGUAUCAGACAACAUGGUGUAGUAAUAUUUCUGGUUGACGCAGUGAGAAAUUGCUAGUGUAUCUGACAGUGCUGGCUAAACUUGUUAGGAAGGGAUGGUGAAGCCCAAUCCAGUGAAGCACAGACUGUUAGAGGAAAGAACAUCAUUCACAAGUGCCUUAACUUUAGAACAGACAGGAGGGAAAACUACUGAAUUGUCCUGAUGCAGGAGCUCACAAUGAGUCCUGUUAUACAAGAUGUAAGUAGAUAGUUACUGACCUGAGGAGUUUGAAGUCUUCCUUUUUAAGACUUGUUUUUUUGGCAGUUCUGGCUUCAUGUCAUUGUGGGAAUGAUGCUUUCUUCGUUGUUAUUUGACCAGGAUAGUUAGUCUGACAGCAAGACAGCCCGCUGAAAAUUCUGUCUCAGGUUAAAUCCUUUGUGUUUUGCAUGUACAGAACAUCUAAACAGCUCUCUUCUCUCUAAGACUGAUCUACUCCUUUGGGCUUCACCCUUCCCAAGGUUCUUUCCAAGCAGAUAACAGGCAAAGUAAUUCUUGUUUUACAGCUUUUUUUCCCCCUCCUUGUUAUCUAUGAGCUGGUGAUUUACUUGAAACAGCUUAAAUGUUUCAUCCACCGCAACACAACUUUGAGCUCCUUGUGCAGUUAUGUAGCAUGAGUCCAGUGAGCCCUGCCCUGUGUUCAUCAAUAGUAAAGCAACAGGUAACAGCCUGAAGCAGCUUAUUUAGUUUCCUGGAUUGGUUUCUGUGGGUUCAUCUCAAGGAAUCCAGAAAUGCAACCAGCCCAACACCUGAAAUAGAACUUAGUCAUACAUGGAAGACUCUCUGGUCAUUCACACACACACUGACUCUUUCACUGCCCUGUCUCUAAUGAACAUUUUUGUGGCUGCUGAGCUUUCUGCAUGUAAUUGGCCAUUUUAGUGGCUGGCCAAUCACUUUCCCCUUGUAAAGCAAUCCCCACUGUAGCUCAUGCCUCCAUGCAGAAGGAGCAGGAGGGUGAUCUCAAUCAGCUGUCUGCAGAAGCACAAUAAACAAUCUGUCAUUUGGAAAGAGGAGUAUUGCAUGACCUUUAGCUGGUCAGUGCACACUUAGCUGCGUUGCACACACCUUGACCUUGGCUUUGAAAAGGUGCUGGUAAAGCAAUAAAGGUACUGGUAAACCAUCAGAUCCUCACUGGGAGGAUCGACCUCAGUGAUAGCCAUUCAAGGACUGAAGAGAGUUUGGGAUCUACAGAAGGAAUCUGUUUGUUUCCUUCUUUGUUGUGUGCCGUAAGGAUAUAAGAUGAUUUUCCUUUCCUCUCAAAAUGUUUCAUACAUGAAAUAUCAAAAGUAGUUUCCUCCCCAACAAGAAUUCAAACUAAUACUAACAAAUGAAUUUGGAAUCAGAUUAGUUCACAAAGAGAGGUCUCAGAUAUACUGCGUUAAUUUGCAAUUGCUGUGGUUCAUGCAGCUGUGCUUUGCCUUAACUGUUGUACUGUGUCCAAAUAUAGCUGCCUGAAUAUUUUUAAGGGGAAUGUAAGAGUAGGUCAUAAUAAAUGGAAAAUGAUUGGAAGGUUAUUUUAUGCACCUUCAUGACAUUUUAAUUAGAAAAACACAUGACAUUUUGAAUGUUUUGAGUUAUCUUGGUAUAAUCAAGAGGCAAAAGUUACCUUAAAGAAACGUUCUUACCGUGCUAUCUGCAAACCAAAGGUUGCGGCCUUAUGCUAGUAGUGUGAUGGUGCUGAGAAACAGCAGAGUUGACUGGAAGCUGUUUGUAAACAAAAUGUACUUCAGUCUGUCCUUAAAUGCUAAGCUGAGAGCAGCCACAAAGUAAAUAAAAGCAAGUUCGACUUCUGUCUUUCAAGAACUAAUCCAAAAGUU